AUGAGAAUUCAAAUUCGAUUCUUUUUCAUUGAAAGAAAGAAAAUAAUGAUAAAUAGAUCAUUCACAAUAUUAGUACUUUUUAAAGUGCUUUUAUUUUCAAUUUAUAUAAAUGCUGCAGAUCCAGUACCAUCACAAACCUCAACCAACAUAAAUUGGAAUCCUGAUUUUGGUGUAGUUUACUUAACUUCUGAAAUUGCUUUGAUAGUGGAUCAAGAUAAAGCAGCCUGGAGAACAACCGAUAGUGGAAAAAAUUGGAAUAAAAUAAAUGUUGCAAAUGAUGAUAUUGUUUCUCAUGAUGAAAUAAUAAUUGAUACAGAUCGUAAAAAUAUAUUGUUACAAUCGAAUGAAGGAAAAGAUACAACUUUAUAUAUUUCAAAGAAUUAUGGUGAGACUUUUACAACCAAAGAGCUUAGUGGCAAACGAUUCAAGUAUAUUCUACCGAACAAGUGGAAGUCUGGAAAUCUGUUGGCUUUGUCAACUGACAAGACUGUUUGGAUAUCGACCGAUUUCGGUUACACUUGGAAUCAGGUGUACAAGAAGGAUACUGUGACCGAUGUGAUGUGGGAUCCCAUUAAGAACACCGAUCCAAAGGCUACCUCUGCAAUCUUUGCUAUCGUCACACAAAAAGAUGGCACCAAAUUGGUCUACUCCAAUGACAAUGGUGAUACUGAAACGAUCUUGGUUACCGGUGCACAAUCGAUGACCAGCACCGACAACUUUGUAUACAUCGGUGCAUACGAUAAGAAUCAAGGUGGUUCCAAUCUCUUUGUCAGAAGCAACACAAUGCCAGUCAACAAUGAUAAAAUGGGAUUCUUAAUGUGUGAUUUCCCAUUUGGUGAUGAUAUACAACCAAAUGAAUAUAAAAUUAUAGAUGAUUCAACUGGUGCUAUUUGGUUGGGUAUUCAAAUGAAGGAUAACUAUAGAUAUGGAACGGUGUAUACCUCUGACUCUACUGGUAGCAAGUUCACCAAGUCAAUGGAUAAGGUAUCGUUCAAGGGUCAAUAUGAUUUCACACCGAUCAGUGGUUUGAAGGGUGCCUACGUUGCCAACCAGAUCGUGUCGGGUAACAAUUUCAUUACAAAGAUCACCUAUGACAACGGUGGAAAGUGGAAACAAUUAAACUCUCCAAGUGGAUCACAAAAGGGUACCUUCCUUAACUGCUAUGGUAUCACUACAUUCCUCGACUCGCUGAAGGAGUACGGACCAUUCUACUCUACCGAUUCCGCCAUUGGUCUGGCACUAUCCACCGGUAACGUUGGUAAGCAACUGUCAUUCGAUACUCCAGCCUCGAAAAUCGGUACAUACCUAACUAGAGAUUCUGGAAAGUCAUGGAAGUCUGUUUAUGGAGGUCCAACUAUUUAUGAAAUUGGAAAUCAUGGAACUAUUCUGUUGAUGGCAAAUGCAACUGGUGAUACCGAUAAUCUUUUAUAUUCCACUGAUCAGGGUGUUAGCUUCAAGAGUUUCCAAAUGACUCUUGGUAAGAUCGAUAUCAAGAAUAUCAUAACCGAUCCAGAGGGUGAUUCCACCAAGUUUAUCAUUCUCGGUAUGAAUAACAACAAUGUGCCGUCCGAGGGUAUUGUUUUCGGUUUGGAUUUCGCACCGCUCGGCUUGCCAGAGUGUACUGACAACGAUCACGAGCAGUAUGUCACACCUGCGAUACUCGGUCACACCAUAACCUACACCAGAGUCCGACAGGAUGCCAACUGUUUCCAGAAAGAUGCAUUGCCAGUUCAAGACCCCCAUAUCCUAAACUGCACUGUGGACGACUACGAAUGUGACAUCGGUUACAAAGAGGUAUCACCAGACGACGCCGAAAAACUUGUCUGUGCUCUCGAGAAAGACUACACUCCACCAACCUAUCCACCUUCAUUCUGUCCAUCCGGUACAAAAUAUUUUGUAACCAAAGGAUUUAGAAAGGUUGCUGGUGAUUUAUGUAGAGAUGGUGUUGCAGAUUCAUAUGAACCAGCCUAUAAAGAUUGUUCCGAUGGUUCAUCAUCAGGAAAAUCACAUGGUUGGGUUGCCGCCAUUCUCAUUCUCCUGGGUAUUGCAAUGGCUUUGGUUGGUGGUGCUUACUACCUACACAAGAAUCCCGAUAAGAAGCUUGCAUUCUACAGAAAGAUUGGUAUCAUCAAAGAGUAUAAAUACAGUACUUUAGGUAUCAAACCAGGCUCAUUAGCAGAUGAUGAAUUUGGAAUUGAAGAUGAUGACGCUCAUAUUUUAAAUGAUGACGAUUUGGUUCAAUGGAUGAUGGAUUAA